CUCCCAAUCACCGGCGGCGGAGGAGUUGGAGGAGGAGGGCUCCUCAAGGAAGUGCUGCACCGAGUUGUGGAGCUGAGAUUCCCCGCCGCCGGGACCGAGAGUCCAGCCGAGCCCCGAGGGCCGCCCGGCGCCCCUUCCCCAGCCGCCCCUUCCGGCGCCGCGCCUGGUCCCUGCCCUCGCCGGGCCCCGCGCUAUUAGCCCGGUCCAGCCCGAGCCAUGGGGCGGGAGCCGCAGUGAGCACCAUGGAGCUGGCGGCCUGGUGCCGCUGGGGGCUCGUCCUCGCCCUCCUGCCCCCCGGAGCCGCGGGCACCCAAGUGUGUACGGGCACAGACAUGAAGUUGCGGCUCCCUGCGAGUCCUGAGACUCACCUGGACAUGCUCCGCUACCUCUACCAGGGCUGUCAGGUGGUGCAGGGUAACCUGGAACUUACCUACCUGCCAGCCAAUACCAGCCUCUCCUUCCUGCAGGACAUCCAGGAGGUUCAGGGAUACCUGCUCAUCGCUCACAACCACGUGAGGCAGGUCCCACUGCAGAGGCUGCGCAUUGUGCGAGGGACCCAGCUCUUUGAGGACAACUAUGCCCUGGCCGUAUUAGACAACGGAGACCCUCUGGACAAUGUCACCCCUGCCCCAGGAGGGUUGCGGGAGCUGCAGCUUCGAAGCCUCACAGAGAUCCUGAAGGGAGGAGUUUUGAUCCGUGGGAACCCUCAGCUCUGCUUCCAGGACAGAAUUUUGUGGAAGGACAUCUUCCGGAAGAGCAACCAACUGGCUCCAAUGGAUAUAGACAGCAAUAGCUCACGAGCCUGCCCGCCCUGUGCCCCAGCCUGUAAAGACAAUUAUUGUUGGGGGGAGAGUUCCGAGGACUGUCAAAUCUUGACUGGCAUCAUCUGUACCAGUGGUUGUGCCCGUUGCAAGGGCCGGCUGCCCACGGACUGCUGCCAUGAGCAGUGUGCUGCUGGCUGCACGGGUCCCAAGCAUUCUGACUGCCUGGCCUGCCUCCACUUCAAUCAUAGUGGCAUCUGUGAGCUGCACUGCCCAGCCCUUGUCACCUAUAACACGGACACUUUCGAGUCCAUGCCCAACCCUGAGGGCCGUUACACCUUUGGUGCCAGCUGUGUGACCACCUGUCCCUACAACUACCUGUCUACGGAGGUGGGAUCCUGCACCCUGGUCUGUCCCCUGAACAACCAAGAGGUGACAGCUGAGGAUGGAACACAGCGGUGUGAAAAAUGCAGCAAGCCCUGUGCUCGAGUGUGCUAUGGUCUGGGCAUGGAACACCUGCGGGCAGUGAGGGCCGUGACAAGUGCCAAUAUCCAGGAGUUUGCGGGCUGCAAGAAGAUCUUUGGGAGCCUGGCAUUUUUGCAGGAAAGCUUUGAUGGGGACCCUGCCUCGAACACUGCUCCCCUGCAGCCUGAGCAGCUCCGCGUGUUUGAGACGCUGGAGGAGAUCACAGGUUACCUGUACAUCUCAGCGUGGCCAGACAGCCUUCCUGACCUCAGUGUCUUCCAGAACCUUCGAGUCAUUCGGGGACGCAUUCUACAUGAUGGUGCCUAUUCGCUAACCCUGCAAGGUCUGGGCAUCCGUUGGUUGGGACUGCGCUCGCUUCAGGAGCUGGGCAGUGGGCUGGCCCUCAUUCACCGCAACACCCACCUCUGCUUCAUACACACGGUGCCUUGGGACCAGCUCUUCCGGAAUCCCCACCAGGCCCUACUCCAUAGUGGCAACCGGCCAGAGGAGGCAUGUGCUCAAGAGGGCCUAGCCUGCUACCCACUGUGUGCCCAGGGGCACUGCUGGGGCCCAGGGCCCACCCAGUGCGUCAACUGCAGCCAAUUCCUUCGGGGCCAAGAGUGUGUGGAGGAAUGCCGAGUGCUGCAGGGGCUCCCUAGGGAGUAUGUGAAUGACAGGCACUGUCUGCCAUGCCACCCCGAGUGUCAGCCCCAGAAUGGCUCAAAGACCUGCUUUGGAUCGGAGGCUGACCAGUGUGUGGCCUGUGCCCACUAUAAGGAUCCACCCUUCUGUGUGGCUCGCUGCCCCAGUGGUGUAAAACCAGAUCUCUCCUACAUGCCCAUCUGGAAGUUCCCGGAUGAGGAGGGCACAUGCCAGCCAUGCCCCAUCAACUGCACCCACUCCUGCAUUGACCUGGAUGACAGGGGCUGCCCAGCAGAACAGAGAGCCAGCCCAGUGACAUCCAGCAUCGUUGCUGUGGUGAGCAUCCUGUUGUUCCUGGUCAUGGUGGUGGUCCCUGGGAUCCUAAUCAAGCGAAGGCGCCAGAAAAUCCGAAAGUACACAAUGCGCAGGCUGCUGCAGGAAACUGAGCUGGUGGAGCCCCUAACACCCAGCGGAGCCAUGCCCAACCAGGCUCAGAUGCGGAUCUUGAAAGAGACAGAGCUCAGGAAGGUGAAGGUCCUUGGAUCUGGAGCUUUCGGCACUGUCUACAAGGGCAUCUGGAUCCCGGAUGGGGAGAAUGUAAAAAUCCCUGUGGCCAUCAAGGUGUUGAGGGAAAACACAUCCCCCAAAGCUAACAAAGAAAUCUUGGACGAAGCAUAUGUGAUGGCUGGUGUGGGUUCUCCAUAUGUGUCCCGCCUCCUGGGCAUCUGCCUGACAUCCACAGUGCAGCUGGUAACACAGCUUAUGCCCUAUGGCUGCCUCCUGGACCAUGUCCGAGAACACCGAGGGCGCUUGGGCUCCCAGGACCUGCUCAAUUGGUGUGUUCAGAUUGCCAAGGGGAUGAGCUACCUGGAGGAUGUGCGGCUUGUGCACAGGGACCUGGCUGCCCGGAAUGUACUGGUCAAGAGUCCCAACCAUGUCAAGAUUACAGACUUUGGGCUGGCUCGGUUACUGGACAUUGAUGAGACAGAGUACCACGCAGAUGGGGGCAAGGUGCCCAUCAAAUGGAUGGCGUUGGAGUCCAUUCUCCGCCGGCGGUUCACUCAUCAGAGUGAUGUGUGGAGCUAUGGUGUGACUGUGUGGGAGUUGAUGACUUUUGGAGCCAAACCUUAUGAUGGCAUCCCAGCCCGGGAGAUCCCUGACUUGCUGGAGAAGGGGGAGCGGCUGCCUCAGCCUCCAAUCUGCACCAUAGAUGUCUACAUGAUCAUGGUCAAAUGUUGGAUGAUUGAUUCUGAAUGUCGGCCGAGAUUCCGGGAGUUGGUGUCAGAAUUCUCCCGCAUGGCCAGGGACCCCCAGCGCUUUGUGGUCAUCCAGAAUGAAGACUUGGGCCCAGCCAGCCCCUUAGACAGUACCUUCUAUCGCUCACUGUUGGAGGAUGAUGACAUGGGUGACCUGGUAGAUGCUGAGGAGUAUCUGGUACCUCAGCAGGGAUUUUUCUGCCCUGACCCCGCCCCAGGCACCGGGAGCACUGCCCACCGUAGGCACCGAAGCUCAUCCGCCAGGAGUGGAGGUGGUGAGCUGACACUGGGGCUGGAGCCCUCUGAAGAGGAGCCCCCCAGGUCUCCACUAGCCCCCUCAGAAGGGGCUGGCUCCGAUGUGUUUGAUGGUGACCUAGGAAUGGGGGCAGCCAAGGGGCUGCAGAGCCUCCCCCAACACGACCUCAGCCCUCUACAGCGGUACAGUGAGGACCCCACAGUACCUCUGCCCCUCGAGACUGAUGGCUAUGUUGCCCCUCUGACCUGCAGCCCCCAGCCCGAAUAUGUGAACCAGCCAGAGGUUCGACCAGAGCUUGUCUCACCCUUGGAGGGUCCUCUGCCUCUCAUCCGGCCUGCUGGUGCUACUCUGGAAAGGCCCAAGACUCUCUCUCCUGGGAAGAAUGGGGUUGUUAAAGACGUUUUUGCUUUUGGGGGUGCUGUGGAGAAUCCUGAGUACUUGGCACCCAGAGGAGGCACUACCCCUCAGCCCUACACUCCUCCUGCCUUUAGCCCAGCCUUUGACAAUCUCUAUUACUGGGACCAGGACCCAUCAGAGCGGGGAUCUCCACCAAGCACCUUCGAAGAGACUCCUACAGCAGAGAACCCCGAGUACCUGGGCCUGGACGUGCCAGUGUGAGGUCAAGUCUGCUGAGGCCCCACUGUGCCUUCAGAGUAGGAAAGACCAGACUUGUGGCUCCCACCACCACAAAGCAGGAUCCCUCUGAUCACAUGGAGGGCAGCCUGUAGUGCCAGGAACUUGCCCUAAGAAACCUUCCAGGCUGCUCAAAUCCUGAAGUGGUUGAGGGGCCUGGCAUGGCUGGCUAGAAGAGGCAGCACACCGGACAGUGUCAGUGGAUCAUAGAACCCUGCCCUGCCAAACUAUGAGGCUCUAUGGAUGUCACAGCCUUAUCUCUUCACCUAAGGCUGUCACCUGGCUCUCAUUUCCAACUCGUUUUAAAGGACUGAGGGAAGCUCAGCCUAAAAGGAUAGAGGCCCCAAGGGAAUAUCUUGAGAACGAGAUAGCCCAUUGGGAAACUUGUCUCUGAGACACUGCAUCCCAGGAGGAGAGGAGCAGCAUUAGCAUCCUGACCAAUCCUUGUACAGAGUGUUACUUUGUUUUGUUUUUACUUGUUUUUUUAAAACAUGAAAUAAGGAAGCUGAA